AUGCUCAGUUGCAUUGAGUUCAUGUUCCACGACUUGGGCCUGGUCCAGGAGUUUAAUAUCAACGCUAUCACCCUGAAACGCUGGCUGCUCUGUGUCCAGGAAAAUUACAGAGAUGUUCCAUUCCACAACUUCCGGCACUGUUUUUCUGUAACGCAGAUGAUGCAUGGGAUGGUUCACCUCUGCAACCUAAAGGCCAAGCUGAGCAUGACCGAGGUUUUAAUCCUCAUGACAUCUGCCAUCUGCCACGAUCUGGACCACCCCGGCUACAACAACGCAUAUCAGAUCAACGCUCAAACAGAGAUGGCUGUACGUUACAACAAUGUCUCCCCACUGGAGAAUCAGCGCUGUGCCGUCACAUUCCAAAUCCUCGCUGAUCCUGACUUCAACAUCUUCAGUAACAUUCGUCCAGAGGUCUUCACACAGAUUCAGGAGGGUAUUACUGAACUCCUCCUGGCCACAGAUAUGGCCAGACAUGAAGAAAUCAUGAGUGCUUUCACACGCUGUGCUGACAAAUUUGAUUACAAGAACAUUGAGCACCUCAGAUUGUUGAAGCAGGUGCUGAUCAAAUGCUGUGACAUCUCCAACGAAGUGAGGCCAAUGGACGUGUCCGAGCCCUGGGUCGACCGUCUCCUUCAGGAGUACUUCAUGCAGAGCGACAGAGAGAAGUUCGAAGGUCUCCCUGUCGUGUCGUUCAUGGACAGAGAUGUCGUCACCAAACCCAAUGUGCAAAUAGGAUUCAUCCAGAUGGUUCUCAUUCCCAUGUUUGAAGCAGUUGCAAAGCUGUUCCCGGAAUUGGAUGAAGUGAUGGUUCAGCGUUUGAGGGAGGCGAGAGCUCGCUACGAGAAACUGUUGCAGUCUGAGGAAAUCGAUGAGGAACGGAGCUUCUGA